UUUUCUUGUUCAACCCAACAUUCCACGGGCCGUCUCUCGCUACAUCCCUCUUAUUCAACCUUGUACAUGUUUAAUUGAAGCCUCUUGAGCUUAAACUGCUACCUCUUUCGUCCACUCGCUUCUUACUCUGUUGCCUAAUACGUUGUUUCUUCGCGAAUUCACUUUCUCACCCAGCCUGGUCGCAAUUUCCAUGUUUUCUUUGCAGUGACGUCGGAUUGAUCCUACCUGCCAGAUACCCCAGUAACGCGGGCAUAGUUCGAAGCCGCAAGACAUUGCGGGCUCUUGAUUUAUCAAAAAGACGACCUUUUACUUGAGCGAUUGACUGUUGUCUCUCUCCAUGGGUAAAAAAUGGCGAUAUGGUGUCAUCCUAGACGCCGGCUCCUCGGGAACGCGACUUCAUAUAUACAGCUGGAAAGACCCGACUAAGGCGCUCACGGAGGCAUCGAAGGAGGAGCUAAGCAACUUACCCAAGUUGGUGGCAAAGAAGGAAUGGACCAAGAAGAUUCGCCCUGGAAUAUCUACGUUCGGCCAGAACCCCACAGAGGUUGGCCCUGACCAUCUUCAAUCCCUGAUCAACCAUGCGCUCGAAUAUAUUCCCGAAGAGAAGAUUAAGGACACGCCCAUCUUUCUUAUGGCCACCGCCGGCAUGCGUCUUCUGCCCCAGCUCCAGCAAAAGGCGUUGUCACGGGAAAUAUGCUCGUACCUUGGACAGAAUACACAAUUCUCUCUACCCGACUGUGAUUUGCAUAUUCAGGUCAUCACGGGCGAGACUGAGGGCUUAUACGGUUGGCUGGCGUCCAAUUACCUGCUCGGUGGCUUCGACCACCCUGACCAACACAAGCACGGCAAAGGCCACCAUACAUAUGGAUUCCUGGACAUGGGAGGAGCCUCCGCGCAGAUUGCCUUUGCACCGAACUCGACCGAGGCAGCGAAGCAUGCGAACGACCUGAAGCUUCUGCGACUGCGGACUAUGGACGGCGCCCCGAAGGAAUACAAAGUCUUUACAGCAACGUGGCUUGGAUUUGGGGUCAACCAAGCCCGUGAAUCUUACAUCGAAACUUUGUUGGAUGCAUACGCAGCACCAGAUGUCCGCGAGAUACCGGAUCCGUGCAUGCCAAAGGGUCUGCGAACCAAUGCCAAAGGAGAACCAGCACAAGAGACGAGUUCGAAAGAUUGGACUCUACUGGGUACCGGGAAAUUCGACGAGUGCUUGCGGAAGACUUACCCUCUGCUUGGAAAGGAUGCGCCCUGCUACGACGAGCCGUGUUUGCUCAAUGGUCAGCAUGUGCCGGCGAUUGACUUCGACGUCAACCACUUCAUUGGCGUUUCCGAAUACUGGCACACAACCCACGGGGUAUUCGGCACAAACGCGGAUAAAGCAUAUGACUUUGCCACCUAUCAGGAAAGGGUGAAGGAAUUUUGCGGCCAGGAUUGGAACUCUAUCGAGUCCAAGAUUGGGUCCCGGAAGAAGGACGGCAUGAAGGUUGCUCAGGAAGCAUGCUUCAAGGCGUCCUGGCUAAUCAAUGUGCUCCAUGACGGCAUUGGCAUCCCUCGGAUAGACCUCGACAACAAGCCAGCGCCCGGAUUCAAUGCUUCCAAAGGUGCCCUGGGGAGCGCCAAGGACAAGGGAUUCUUGGAUCCGUUCCAACCGGUGGACAGAAUCGACGGGAUCGAGGUCAGCUGGACGCUUGGGAAGAUGCUACUGUAUGCCGCUGGCCAGGUUCCUCCAAAGAGCAAGGAUGAUAGUUUGCCCGUCGGGUUUGGCAGGAAUGUGCCUGGGACACCACCCGAUUUCCAGUUUGCCGGCUCAACAUGGCGCCCAACUGGAAGUGGCAAAGACAUGCAGCACGACGAUGACUGGAGCGAUGCGGCCGAGGACCUGAUGGACAAAGCGAAAUCAAAGGCAACCCCCGGGUUCCUUGGGUUUAUUCUUCUAUUGCUCCUUAUUGGGUUCUUCUUCCGGAAGAAGGAGCGGAGGAUGCGUUUGUCCGGAAAACUUAACUGGUUGGCCCGACGAUCGAGGCGUGGUGGUGGCGGUUCUAGAAGAGGUGGGCGGAGGUUUUCUGGCCUUACCAACAAGCUCUUUGGCCGACAAUCAACUUCAUACGAUCGCAUUAUGGAGGAAGGCGACGCAAACCGCUUCGAGCUUGGAGAAGUCGAGUCUGACGAAACGGAGCAGUCCGACGGCAGCGAAGGGUCUCGGUUCGGUCGCUCAUCGGGGCUUGCCACCCCGAAACUCAACCUGGACAUGUUCGACCCGAUGCCAUCUGGCUCGGCGCUCGACCGGAACGGCCUGGCUGUCAGGACAGAAAGUCGGGAGAGGUUGGCGCCAACACUACAGAUGCUCAACGCGGGCAGGAGGAGUCGGGCCGGUAGUCCCACGCGGUUGAAGAGUCCGUUGGUCUCUCCACUACAGGAAGACUAGAAGUCGAGUUGUAAUGAUGGAGAUCUCCUCACUUCUUCUUUCGUGGCUACUUAUGUUGGCAUGUUAUUGGACGAAUUAGACGACUUCUAGGCAUGGAAUAUGAACAGCAGGCAGAGGAUCAUUGCCUUGCUUUGGGGGGGGGGAGAUGCGAUCAGUCGGAGGGGCGUUCAAGGCGUGCACAGGAACGAGAGUGUUCUCUGUAGGUAAAGAUAGUGUGUGGGUGGUGAUAGGUUGGUUCGGUCCUUGGGUUUGGGCCUCCGGGCCGAGUGGACCAAGGAGUUACAAGGCUGGGUAUUGUUGCAGAAAAUACAUGCUCGGCGAUUUUGGACAGGUUCAUCUGUUCGGCGUCAUUCACCAAACUUGUUAGCCUGUAUGUAGCAUACAGAUUAUGGAGAUCAUUAGGUUGUCCCAGCUCUCCGGGUGUGUGAGGAUCUCUCCGAGCGCAUAAUGCAAAAAUGCCAC